UAAACAUCAUUCUCUUGAAAGUAAAUUAAAAUAACUAUGUAAUUUACAUAUAACAUUCUUUUAAAGAAUUUUGUGAAGCAUUAAAGGAAUUACAAUUACGGUACCUAAACAUGGGUAAACGCUACCACUGUGAAUAUUGUGACAAGACGAUGGUUGCUACGCCGGCAAUCGUGAAAACGCACAAUAAAGGGCUUUUACAUCAAAAACUAGUCCAAGAACAUUAUCAACAGUAUAAAGUACCGGAGACUAUCCUGGAAGAAGAAAGUAUGAAGAAACCAUGCAGUCGGUUUAUGAGGGGAGAAUGUCAGUUUGGUAGCAUUUGUCGCUUCUCUCACUACUUCCCGGAACAGUUGCAGAUGCUGAAGGAAAUUGUUGCAUCAAAGAAACAAAAACAAACAAAUCCUUUCCAACCAUCACUUGAAGAUCUGUACAAAAAGCUGCAAACUGAAAAAUCUACAAAACCCAGUGAGUCAGACAGCAACACCAUAAUUUAUGAUAAGAAUGGACUGACCCACAUUUUCCCCUGGACUUACAAUGAAUUGUUUGAAAGUUAUGGCACUUUGCCCCCAAGUGUAAGAAGAGUGAAUUUGGAAGAGUUUUACAAUUCUGAAGUUAAUGAGUGGGGAUAACAAAUGUUAUGUUAUGUGAAUACCAUUAGCCAUUCCACAACUGAUGAUUGUUUUUAGCAGUUUGUAGUUCAGAUUGUAUAGCAUGUGCACUACAGAACAGGUCAUGCGUGUAUCAGUGAUGUCAGUCUGUGCAUAGUGUGCUCGCGUAAGUCGUGUACUGCUGUGGAAGUAUCUACACCUACAUUUUGAUACAAAGCGUUUUUUUACCCACGCGCGUAGCUCGACUGUGCGCAACAGUGGGGUUGCGGCUAGAA